CUGCAUUCAGCCCUCGGAAGCUGCUAUGAAAAGAAGACCUUAAGUAGGCGUAUCCAAGGGGCAAGGAAUGGAAAGCAGAACAUAGUGGAUUUCAGCUGACGUGAUACAUGUUGCGCAUGUCUCAUAUUUCCAUGAAGGAAGUUCUAGCCCAGAAGGCAACUGUCAGUGACUGGGACCAGAGACAAUGGUCACAAGGGAUCUGGCCAUCAGUCUGAUCUUCUUCACACAGACUACCGUUGGAAUCCUGGGCAAUUUCUCACUUCUUUGUCAUUAUAUCAUCCUUUCCUUCACUGAGUACAGGUGGAGGUCCACAGAUUUCAUUCAUAAGCACCUGAUUGUAGCCAACUUCUUAGCCCUACUCUGUAAAGGAGUCCCCCAGACCAUGGCAGCAUUUGGGCGGAAACAUUUCCUCAGUGACACUGGAUGCAAACUUCUUCCCUUUCUUCACAGAGUGGGGAGGGGAGUGUCCAUUGGUAGCAUCUGCAUCUUGAGCGUCUACCAGGCCAUCACCAUCAGCCCUGGGAACUCCAGGUGGGCAGAGCUUAAAGAUAAAGCGCACAAAUACAUUUUCCCCUCGAUUUUCCUGUGUUGGGUCCUGCAAAUGCUGGUGAAUAUCAUUUUUCCUAUCUACUUAACGAGCACAUUGAGUGAUAAGAACAUCACAGACAAAAAAGAUUUUGGAUACUGUUCUUCGGUUCGUCAUGACAAAACUAGUGACUCACUGUAUGGACUGUUGUUAUCAUUCCCCGAUGUGUUAUGUCUGGGGCUCAUGCUCUGGGCCAGCAGCUCCAUGGUUUUCAUCCUGUACAGGCACAAGCAGCGAGUCCAACAUAUUCGAGGAACCAAUGCUUCUUCCAGAACCUCCCCGGAGUCCAGAGCCACCAAAACUAUCCUUCUCCUGGUGAGCACCUUUGUCUAUUGUUACACCCUGUCCUCCAUCUUUCAACUUGUUAUGAGUCUUUUUGAUAAUCCCAGCUUGAUCCUCGUGAAUGUCGCUGCAGUCGUGUCUGUGUGUUUCCCAACUGUCAGCCCCUUUCUGCUCAUGAGCCACAACUCCAAGGUACCCAAGGUACCCAAGGUACCCAGGCUCUGCUUUGCCUGGAGAAGGAAUAUAAGACCUCCUUGUCUUAUGAAAAAUAUGUAGACUGUAUGUACUUCUACAAUGUACAGCUGCC